GACACUCGCGCGUUUACAGUGAAAGUCUCCUACAUGAACAAGUUAAACACUAAACUAGUGGAAAGGCGAGGUGUUAAUAUCUGGCCCGCAGUGAAGUAACUAACGCCUGGAAUGAGAGUGACAGUGAAUGUAUCUCCGUGAACACGCCCGACUGCAACGCGCGGCUCUGACAGGAAUAUAAAUAUGAUUUUACAUUACUGUCGCAACUAAGUUUGAGGAGUUUCCUACAACUUCAUGCUGGACACUCUGCGCUCUAUCAUUUUUCCUUGUUGGAUACUCCAGGGACUAAAAACUACCAUGAUAGAUACGGAUUAAUUUGAUAACCUUUCAAGAGGAGAAAAAUACAACCUGUUACUCUGUUUAAAAUCACAUGCUGCUUUGGAAAUCUCCCACGGACAUUUAGCUGCAACAUCACAUCAAGACUUUAUGGAUGCGCACUGAACGCGCACAAGGACUUAUGACAAGUGGUUAUGGUGCCGUGGUGGCAGAAGUUAAAAUGAGGUCUUUUGGCGAGCAGUUGGUGCGCUCAGAAUGGCCCGGGAGGAUUCGGUGAAAUGUCUGCGCUGUCUGCUCUACGCGCUCAACUUUCUCUUCUGGCUUAUGGCCCUUUGUGUGCUAGGAGUGUCUGCUUGCCUCAGGGAUCAGCUGAACAAUGUGCUCACCUUAACCGCCGACACCAGACUGGAGGAGGCAGCCGUUCGCACAUACUCCCCCGUGGUCCAUCCUGUCGUCAUCGCCGUGUGCUGUUUUCUAAUCAUCGUGGCCAUGGUGGGUUACUGCGGCACGCUCAAGUGCAAUCUGCUCCUACUGUCUUGGUAUUUUGGCAGUCUGAUGGUGAUAUUCUGUGUGGAGCUGGCCAGUGGAGUGUGGACAUACGACGAGCCUAUGGUACAGAGGUCUGAUAUGAUAAGUCUAAAGUCACGCAUGCCUCAUUUCGGCCUGCAGCGUUACCAGUGGCUCACACACGCCUGGAAUGCUUUACAAACAGAGCUGAAGUGUUGUGGAGUGAUCUACUUCACUGAUUGGCUGGAAAUGACAGAGAUGGAGUGGCCACCUGACUCCUGCUGCUCCAAUCAGUAUCCAGGCUGUGCUCGCCAGGCCCACUAUAAUGACCUCAGUGACCUUUACCAGGAGGGCUGCGGUCCCAAGAUCUACAGUUUUAUCCGGGGCACCAAGCAAUUACAGGUCUUGAGGUUUUUGGGCGUUUCAAUCGGAGUGGCCCAGAUAUUAGCCAUGACUCUGACAGUAACUCUCCUAUGGGCGCUGUAUUAUGACCACAAACCACGCGAGCCGGCAUCAGCGGAUGCUUUAAUCCACACACACAGUCCCACAGAAGACCCCCUGAAGCCCAGCCACUCACACCCAAGAGCGUCCGAGGCCUGGGCAAACACACCCGCCAAUGGACAUACCCAAUUCGAGAUGGAGCAACUUUCCUAGCAGUAACCGCAUGGCAGUGGAGGGAGUAAAAAUAAUACUCAUGCCCUAUAUUGACACUAAACAGAACGGACCGCAGUGAAACUGGAUCAUAGUAGUUUCUGGGUUCUUGGAUGACAAGAUUUUUGUAGUGAGUGGAUGGAAAACUCUAUAUAUCUGUGGAUAAAAUCAGUUUCGUGGACAUUAUGUGGAAAGAUGAAGAGGAUUUACUGGGUUCUUCCAAAAUAAAGUCACUGGCUUGGUCUCUGUAGAGUUGAGUUCUCCAGAGGGAAGUUUCUGGAAUUCAUUUUUUAUUAUUAUUCUUCCUCUCAACAGGAUGGAACUUUUCCACCACGUAUAUUGACCUAGUUACUAACCACUAAGCUAACUGGGUGCUCACUUUGUUACUGUAUUUUUCUGUGUGAGACAAGAAUUGGUAGACUCUUGGCCUUUAAAGCCAAAAAAAAAAAUAAAAAAUCUAAAGAGACCUCUCUAAA